UCAAAAUGUUUCUUCGUCGUUGUCGGUUUUGUACUUACUGGAGGGUUUAUAUGUAAAACUGUGUGAUAUCGUAAAAGGUAUAUCUUAAAACAUCAGGGGGAGCUUGUGCUUACAAUUUUAUACAGUUAACUUACUAGCGUUAGCCAUCUAGCUUGUUUCUUCAUUGAUGUUACAGCAACAUCCUUUUUGUUGCCUGCUACUUGCAUACAUAACCCAUAACCCUCAGAGGUGGGUGGGUGUAGAGAAGCGCGGUGUCUGCAGCAUAAUUAAAACAUGGCGGACUCUGAGGAAUUUAGACUUAAACGUUUGAAGCACGAAGAGCGCCUCUCCAGAGUGUUUGACGAAGUGAUGGGAUUGGGAGACUUUGCUGAGUCCUCCAGGGGUUCUGCCACCUCCUCCAGGAGUGGAGGUCAGGAGGAGACAAAAGGAGUAGAUGAAACUUCAGGGCAAGAGGAACACCAACAGGUAGAAGAAGAGGACAGCAAUGGCAGCAGACAAGAAGAAAAGAUGGAUGAGGGGGUGGGAGAGUCAUCCUUCCCCCGCAUUUCUUCGCCUUCCUCUGACCGACCCUCCUCCUUUAACAUGAGGACCAACGAAGGAGGCGGAGGAGGAAGCGGAGGGGCAGCGUUUGAUGAUGCCCUGGAUGGCCUUCCAAUGUAUGGGCCAGAAGAAGAAGAUGAAGACUGGCACUUUGCCCUGCCAAUGGGCACCCUGGAGGAUGUUGAUGUGAGUAAGGCAAACAGAAAAAGAAGCCAACCAGAAGAGGGGAACAAUGCAGGUCGAGCCGAUCGCUUUGCUCAUGAGCCCAGAGGGGUGGAGGAGGAGCGAGAGAGGGAAGAUAGCGUUGGUUCUGCCAACACCUCCCACUCCUCCCAGGACCACACACCUGACAACAGCAGAGAUGGAGGCGUCCUGACCCAGGCAGAGGAGACAGAAGACAGCCAGCAGGGAGAGAGGUCAGAAGCAGCUCCAGUGGAGGACAGUAAUCCCCCAAUGUCUCCUACUAUCAAUAUUAAAGAUGAGCCCAUUGAUGAGGGCUACGACGCUGCUUUACUGCCUCAGAGUUCCAUCAGGCAGAUCAAAGAGGAGCUGGAGCAUCAGGAGGAAGAGCUGAGGAUCAGCUCUGUCUACUCUGUAGGAGGAGCAAACACCUUUGUGUCCCCUGCUGUGCCAGCAGCAAUCCCAGCCCCCCCUCCAGCGGCCAUUUUUAUUCCAGGUAGAGGUACUGUCUUACAAGCUAUGGGUCCCGUUCCGGUCAGACCACCAGCUCCAAUCCCAAGUUCACUACCAGCUCUGGCACCAGUACCCCCACGCCCACCUCAGCCCCCUGUUCCUGGUAGUGUUCGCUGCAGUGGCUGCUCUAAGGUUCUGCUUAAAGGCCAAACAGCUUUCCAAAGAAAAGGUUCAACGCAGCUCUUCUGCUCCACAGUCUGUCUGACCGGACAUCUGCCUCCAGCCACCAAGAACAGAUCCUGUUUCCAGUGCAACAGGGAGAUCGUUCAGCCCAGGGACAUGAUCACGAUUCCAGCAGACGACAGCACCUACAUGCACUUUUGUGGCCAGUUCUGUCUGUCUGUCUUUAGACACAAAAAGAAACAUUCUGACAAGAUUCCUGACAAAUGGGCUGACAAACGAGUGGAGAGGAAGCCUGAGAAGCUGCCUGAGAAACCAGUGGAGCGACUACCUGAAAAACCAUUUUGCAGUGUCUGUAGAGUCACCAAUAGGCAGAUUGAACAUGAGGUCACCCAUCAAGGUCGCCUGCACAGACUCUGUAGUGAUGCUUGUUUUGUAACGUGGCGCAAGAUGCGUCAGUUAGCCAUGAACUGCUGCGAGGGCUGUGGACUUUACUGUAAUAGCAACUCAGGCUCCUGUCAGACGCUCACGAUCGAAAGAUCUCAGCUCAACUUCUGUGGUCCAACCUGCAUUGGCACCUACAAACAGACCUGCAGAAAGAUGGCCGAGUGUCCCUACUGUCACAAGAUGGCAGUAGUGUCCUCAACCAUCAUGGAGCGAGACCAAAGGGGCAAAAUUCAACUUUACUGUUCACCUGCUUGUGUGGAGCUGAGUCGACCACCCCGACAUGUUCUCACUGGUACUGCAUUCCCGUGCUGCCUGUGCAAGGUGUCAGCUGUUCCUCAGUAUCAUCUGGCCAUGGUGGACGGCACCAUUCGUAACUUCUGCUCCUAUGACUGUGUUUCUAUAUACAGAAAGUCCGGGCACCCACCUCAGCCAGACCUGACCAAUGGAACCUUCUCUCUCAGGGACCCCUCCAUCAGAGAUGCCCCCAAACCAGGGCCCUCUGUCGGCGCCAGCUCAGUUCCCCCCAUCCCUCAGGACUACCCCUCUUCAGUCCCCUACCAAGGCCAUCAUCCCAGUCAUACCUCAGUGCCCCCACUGGUGCCUCCCUACCCAGCCAUGUCCUCCCCCUCUGUCCCAGGGCAGGCUCAGGCCAGAGCCCCCCCUGGUCAGCCCCAGAAACCAACAGAGGGUGGGCACAGUGACAUCUCCAAACUGACCUGCCAUCAGUGCAGCAAACAGUUUAACACCAAGCCACUGCUAUUCAGUCACCAAGGUCGUAUUUCUAUGUUCUGCAGUAAGACGUGCUGUGAACAGUAUAAAACCCAGAAGAAUAUCCUGGCGCUGUGUGAGUGCUGUAAACAGGAGAAGGUCCACUUUGACACCAUCAGCUACAACCAACAGGACCUGGUCUUCUGCAGUGAAAGCUGUAAGCUCCUCUUCAAACAUGACCUGACCUCUCGUAACAAGGAUCAUCCCUGGCGUCCCUGCACCUACUGCUCUGGCAUCGGCCAGAAGAUGCUGCACAGCCAUUACGGAGGCAGGAUGGAGGAGUUCUGUAGACCCCACUGCAUGUCUCAGUACACUGUACUCUACUACGGGAUGGGGAGAUGUGACAGUUGCAGGAAACAGGGCUACAUGACGGAGAAGCUGCAGUGUUUGGGUUCAGUCCGCAACUUCUGCAACUUGCCCUGCCUUCUACAGUACUGCUACCUGCAUUUUGAGACAAGCCAGCACGCCAGCAGUAAUGGUACUGGAACGGCCCCACAGACACCGUAUGCUCCAACUCAGCCCCACCACUCCUCCAAGAUGAAUCCUGUCAUUGCUGAUGUCGUCUCAUUAGCAAGUGGCUCUGCCACCCAGCCCAGUGUGUCAGCAGAUACUGCUCUGACUGGAGCACUUCCAACCUCCAACGUUGACGGCAAGAACCUCGACCACGCCAGUACUCAGACCGACGCCAUGCGUGUGCCUGUGUCCCGCCGACGUCAAAUGAAGAACAAGUCGGUUCUGUGUCGACCCUUCACUAUGGACCAAGAAAUCAUGUGCCAGCUGCCCACACCUUCCACUGCAUCAGCAGCUCUGGCUCUGCCCUCAGUUCUCUCCUCAGCAGGAGAGGAGAACGUGAAGGUGGUCAUGGUACCAGUCCCAGUGCCGGUCUUCAUCCCAGUGCCCAUGAACAUGUACUCCCAGCACACACCUGUUCCGAUGGCUAUGCCCAUGCCUGUUCCAGUACCUGUGCUGGUGCCACCACAGAAGAAGGACAUGAAAGAUGCAGCUGUCCAAUCACAGCCAUUUGCUGUUAAAGAAGAAAAACAGAAAGAUUCCAGUGCAGACCAGAGCGGUUCUCAUAGUGGAGACACAAGGUCACAAGUGGUCACUCCCAUAAUCCAUGAAGAUGAAGACACUCAAAAAGCAGUACAAGCCGACCCGCCUUUCACUGUAAGUUCAGAGAGGAGCACAGACUCAACUGAUCCCCAGCUUAAUGCCCAGCCCACCACCAGUGCCGAGCAUCAACCGCCCUCCUCUCCCAUGAUGGACUUGGAGACUGACUUACCAUCUGAAUCACUGGGUCAGAAGUCACCUCCUCCACAGAGAGGAGUAAAGAGACCCAGAGAGGGUUUCUACGGCCGGAAACGGGGUCGAAGGCGGACUGUUUCAUCGGAGCGCACUGCAGUGGUGACCCCCGCCGCCUCCAAACUGAACCACCUGUAUGGGGUUAAAGCCUGGAAGAGCUGGGUCCAACAGCGCAACAAACAGCCACAAGAGUCCAAUCUAGUGGAUAUUAAAGAAGACAUCCUUCAGUGUGACUCUGCUGAGCUGAGCUUUGCUCUGUCUCGCUUCGUCAGAGAAGUGAGACGGCCCAAUGGAGAGACCUACAGCCCAGACAGCAUCUUCUACCUCUGUCUGGGGAUACAACAGUAUCUGUUCAUGCAGGGCCGCAUACAGAACAUCUUCACUGACGAGCUCUACAGUCAAUUUGCCACUGAGAUCACUGGGAUGCUGCAACUCUGGAGGCCUAAAUUACUACCAAGUGUUGGUGUUGUUUCCUCCCGUGUUGAAGAGUCCUACCUGUGGGAGUGUAAGCAGUUGGGCGCCUACUCCCCCAUAGUGUUGCUCAACACACUGCUCUUCUUCUGCACCAAAACCUUCCACUUGACUACGCUGGCGCAGCACCAAAGUCUCUCCUUUAUCAACUUCACUCGACGCUCCAAAGCCUGCAACCGAACUGGCAAAGUCCACUACCUCCAGCACCAGAGAAGCAGCUCUGCCACGCCCAGCCGGGAGGACACAGAGCGACUCAGAAAAAGAGAGAGCAGAGCAGAGAAUGAGGGAGACAUGGAGAUGCUAGAAAAUGUCACCAACCCUCUGCACUGUCCUGUCAGACUCUACGAGUUCUACCUCUCUAGAUGCCCGGAGUCUGUGAAGAAGAGAACUGACGUGUUUUACCUCCAGCCUGAACAGAAUGUGCACACACACAGUUCACACUGGUACACUGCUCAGCCACUAGAGGGAACCACUCUACAGAGCAUGCUCACACGCAUCCUGGCCGUCAGAGAGGUUCAUCAGGAACAGGAUGCAGCCCAGCGUCAGUCCUCAGCCAGCACUAAUAAUAACAGCUUACAGUGAUAUAAAGCCUGUCUGCCUACCCAUGAUCCUCUCUGUACCAGAAACGCUCACAGUGAAUUCCAACUGUACAUACACCCAUCAGUCAUCGCAGACUGAGGCUGACAGGUCUGUGAAGCGGGGAGUUCGGGUUCGGACUCGGACCACCAGGCUUUCAAAGACAGAACAAACAGAGAUAUGAUGAAAUGACACUCUUACACAAAGAGAGACAUUUUUGCAGAACUGGGAUUGUGGGAUAAUUGUAUUUAGUUACCUCAGUGGCCAUCUGCUCCUCACAUAAAUGCACAAUGAGUUUACAACCAUCUGAUACUGUUGAAUAUGGAAAAGGGAGUGUUAAUGAGUUCAUUGUUAAUGCAGCAUUUAUCACAUGUAUUGGGUUGAUUGACCACCAGUAAUGGUGAAUGCAGAUGUACGGUUUAUCACAAUAUUAGACCAGUGGGAACAACAAACAGUCUGAGCUGCUGUGAGCAGGGCUGCUUUAUAGCUGUUGCUCCUCUUUGCAUCUGCAGUUGCUCACAUGGAGAGUUUUGACUGGUAUAAAGUUUUUAAGGCUGAUACAGGUAUUUAAGGAUUUGGAGAAAAAAACACCAAAACCUAAAAGAAUGAAAUCUGAGCAGCUUUUGUUAUUCAGUCAUGAGGUGUAUUCAUGCUUAGCUGCACAAAACUAGUGUAGGUGAACCAGUCCUCACAGCCACUGUAGUAUUGAUGAAUUAAAGAUUAAAUAUGUAGUUUGAAAAAUCUGCAUCAAAUUCAUCACAUUCAAGAUGGAUGACAUCUGACAUUUGAUUAAAAGCCAAUAUAUAAUCUAAUAUGUUGUUAAACAGAUAUUUAUCAGUAUAUUGUUAAAUCAGUAUAUAUCAGUGCCUCACGUUUUGUUGUUUCAUUCUUAAAUAGUAAUCUGUUAUUAUGUUGCUCCCCUUUUUAUAUUCUUCAUCCUAUGUGGCCUUAUUUCCUUCCCAACAACAACCCUUCUCCCUCUGUCUUUCACUCUCCAUCUUCAUGGGCGUUUACUGGCGUUUUUUCUCUCCAUGGUUUCCUCUAAUCCCCUUAUUCCCUCUGGCAGUAAUGUAUUUAAACCAUUGAGUAUGGACGCCCUCCUUCAUUCCCUUUUAUGUCUCAUUCUUCAGUGCCAUUAUUUCCUCCCGUGGGACAUGAUUCCCUGUUUUUGUUUUGCUUUUUUCUUCCAUUUGACUUUGUUCCCUAAACUGAGGAAAUCCGGUCUGGAGAUUUGAAAGAGUCAAACUCACAGUACUUUUCCUAACCCUAAUCCAAGGUUUUCUAUAUUAUAACUGCAUGUUUUAUGGUGUAGUAUGUUUUUCAUUGGGAAUAUAUACAAUAUAAAACAAGUGUUAUGACGAUGUGCCUAACAUAUUUACCAAUUUCAUUUGUACACAGGGAGUCCUGGUGACUCACUCCAUAGACAGAACAUUGUAUAAUAAACCCAAAAACAUUGUGAGAUAUUUUACUAACAACAAACAAUGUCUGGACAUACUGAACUUUCAUGCCUUCAUACUGUAAUGUCCAUGACACACUGGUGACUGCCCUCUCUUACAGUUUAGAGGUUGUAUCUUGGAUUUUUUGAAAACAGAAAUCUUCAUGUCAGAAUUCUGCUGGUUGACCAGAAAGCUAAAUAUCUAAGACGUAUGUUACUGUUGAGAUUUCUCUCUUUUUGUGAUAAUAAAUUCUCAUUUGUCAUUUUGGAUAUUUUGUCAUGGAGGCCAAUGUGCCUUUACUUUUGCCUCAUGUUAACAUUUGAUAUAAAAUCCAUGUUACAGUGUAAAUGAGUUACAGUGAGUCAUACAGUGCAAUCACAAAGUAUUCAGACCCCUUCAGUUUUUCCACAUGUUGUUGUGCUGCGGACACUUUGCUGUGACACUUGAAAUUUAGCUCAGGUUCCUCCCAUUUCUUUUGAUCAUCUUUGAUGUUUCUACACCUUGAUUGGAGUCCACCUGUGGUAAAUACAGCUGAUUGGACACACACCUGUCUAUAUAAGGUCUCACAGCUGAUAUGAAUAUCAGAGCAGAAACCAAAUCAUGAGGAGGAAGGUGCCUGCAGAGAUAAAAAAUGUGUCUAGGCACAGAUCUGUGGAAGACCACAAAAAAAGCAUUUGUGACUUCCAUAAUUCUGAAAUGGAAGAAGUUUAUAACAACCAGGACACUUCCUAGAGCUGGCCACCAGGCCGAACUCCUGUCGGGGGAGAAGGGCUUCGAUACUAGAGGUGACCAGGAACCCGAUGGUCCCUCUGGCUGAGCUCCAGAGAUCCUGUGUCCUGACACAAGCCUGUCAGAGCUCUGCAGGCAGCUCCUUCCUCCUCUUGUUUCCUGCUCUGAUAUUCACUGUCAGCUGUGAGACCUUACUUAGACAGGUGUGUGCCUUUACUAAUCAUGUCCAAUCAGCUGAAUUAACACAGGAGGACUCCAAUCAAGGUGUAGAAACGUCUCGAAGACAAUUAAGAGAAAUGAGGGAAACCUAAAUUUCAAGUGUCAUAGCAAAGUCUGAAUACUAAUGUUAAUGUGAUAGUUGUUUUUCCUUUUUCAUUUUUUUUCAUUUUUAAUACAUUUCUAAAAUUCUGUUUUCGCUUUGUCAUUAUGAGGUUUUGAGUGUAAAUUGAUGGGGGGGUUAAUUUAAAUUAUUUUAUCAGGCUGCAACAUAGAAUAUGAAAACACUGAAGGGGUCUGGAUACUUUCUGAAUGCACUGCAAAUCACACCACGCUGACAUCUCUCCAGUGCUCUAUCAAUGACAUUUUAGCAUUCACAGUCUCAACUGAGAGACAUUAGCCGUUAGCAUUAUCCUGACAAAGAGCUGUGGAAAUGUUGGUGAAUCUCUUUAAACAGCAAACUGUAACACACCGUCACAUUAUCACUGAUGUCUUAAACUCAAGACCAGGAUGUUUUAUUGUCAUGCACAAAAUGUUAUAUUGCCAUUAAGUAUUAUAAGUUCUUGUCCUUGGUUUCAAGUCAGAGGAUUUAUAUUGAAAACAUGAUGGAAAUGAAAUGUGAUGAUGAGAGUGUAACUGAAGUUUUGAAACAUAGAUUUAUAAAAUGUGUAAAGUUUU